AUGGAGCAAGUAAUCAUUGAUUUGCGUGAGAAAGAGCUCGCUCUUAUUCGUAGAGCUGCUCUCCUUAGAACACUCUCCGAUAUGUUCAACUCUGCCUCCCCAUUCCUAGUCGCUUUAUCUACUUUCGCAACAUUCAUCAUGUUGGAUGGUUCUAAUGUUCUGACUCCAGAAAUAGCAUUUGUCUCACUGACGUUAUUUAACCAAUUGCGAACUCCCAUGUCUCAGCUUGCAGAGCUGAUUACACAAACCGUACAGGUAGGGAUAAAAGGGAAGCUUUUGAUGCAAAUCAACUCCUUUUUGAGAUGUGCCGCACACUUCGCUUCUAGUAGGAAUCGUAGUAGCGACAUGAAGGCGAUUUGGCCUACACCAUGA